GGGAAGUAGGAUCAAAUGGGUUCGAUAGACGCACCGACGUUUACACAGAACGGCUCGGACGCAACUGUCGCCGCCGAUGGACCACCUCCGCCUGUACCUGAUUCCAUCAUAAUGACAAUGGAAAAGACACUAGAGGCUGACUCAUCCAGGAAGAGGAGGUUCGGUAUGCUUCCUCUGGAGGUGGGCACUCGCGUCAUGUGCCGUUGGAGGGACGGAAAAUAUCAUCCCGUCAAGGUCAUUGAACGCCGGAAAAUGCAUAUCGGCGGUGUCAAUGAUUACGAGUAUUAUGUUCAUUACACGGAAUUCAAUAGGAGGCUUGAUGAAUGGGUUAAGCUUGAACAACUUGAUCUUGAAUCCGUAGAGGCUGUUGUUGAUGAAAAGGUGGAGGACAAGGUAACUAGCUUGAAAAUGACACGCCAUCAGAAGCGUAAGAUUGAUGAGACACAUGUAGAGGGCCAUGAAGAGCUUGAUGCUGCCAGCUUGCGUGAGCAUGAAGAAUUUACAAAAGUGAAAAAUAUAGCAACUAUAGAACUUGGGAGAUAUGAAAUCGAAACAUGGUAUUUCUCUCCCUUUCCACCAGAAUACAAUGACUCUCUGAAGCUGUACUUCUGUGAGUUUUGCCUCAAUUUCAUGAAGCGGAAAGAACAGCUUCAGAGGCAUAUGAGGAAAUGUGAUCUCAAGCAUCCCCCUGGAGAUGAGAUAUACCGAAGUGGCACAUUAUCAAUGUUUGAGGUUGAUGGCAAAAAGAACAAGGUUUAUGGGCAGAACCUCUGUUAUUUGGCAAAAUUGUUUCUUGAUCACAAGACCCUCUAUUAUGACGUCGACCUGUUUCUAUUUUAUGUGCUGUGUGAAUGUGAUGAUCGUGGAUGCCACAUGGUCGGAUAUUUUUCUAAGGAAAAGCAUUCAGAGGAAUCCUAUAAUUUAGCCUGCAUUCUCACCCUUCCUCCAUAUCAAAGGAAAGGUUACGGGAAAUUCCUAAUUGCAUUCUCAUAUGAACUUUCCAAGAAAGAAGGCAAAGUCGGUACACCUGAAAGACCCCUUUCUGACUUAGGGCUGUUGAGCUAUCGGGGAUACUGGACCCGCGUCCUUCUAGACAUCUUGAAAAAACACAAGGGCAAUAUUUCUAUCAAGGAGCUCAGUGACAUGACAGCCAUUAAGGCAGAGGAUAUAUUGACUACUCUUCAAAGCCUAGAAUUGAUUCAGUACCGGAAAGGCCAGCAUGUCAUCUGUGCUGAUCCCAAGGUCUUAGAUCGGCAUCUGAAAGCUGCUGGCCGGGGUGGUUUAGAGGUUGAUGUCAGCAAAUUGAUCUGGACUCCUUACAAAGAACAAGGUUGAGACAGGCCUCAGGCUGUGUAAAUUCAUGUGUGACUCUGCUUGUAUAAAUGUAGUGUAUUAUUAGGUAAUGGAACCUGGAGAAGAUAUGGCUUCCUAGUGCUAAGUUUUUAGUCUAACCGUUCUGUCAUUUGUGAUUAUAUGAAUCAAGGAAAGCAAACCACAUAUUUCUCAUAAAAAGAGAUGCAAGCAACUUCUGAUUUUUGAAUCUUCUCAA